GAUUCCGCUUCGAUAAUUGACACGUGUACACUGUGAACUACCGUAUACUGCGCGUUACUGUUAUUUACGAUCCAAAAUUUUGAUAAAUUUGUGAUUGUACGCAUAUUAAUUAAAUAGGAGAUUUUACCGAAAGAGAUAAUGUCAACGGUACGUGGUGCUUUGGUAGUAUUAGAAGGAUGUGACAGGGCGGGAAAAUCCACCCAGGCGAAGUUGCUGGUUAAUGCGUUGAAACAACGUGACAUUCCGGUCGAACAACGAGCGUUUCCUGAUAGAACAACUGCCAUUGGAGAAAUAAUAAAUAAUUAUUUGAACAAGAAACUAACUUUUUCAUUGGAAACAGCGCAUAUGUUGUUUUCUGCAAAUCGAUGGGAAUGCAAAGAUGAAAUUUUGAAAUCUUUAUCUAGCGGUACUACUGUUGUCAUAGAUAGAUAUGUUGGUUCGGGUGCUGCUUAUACUGCAGCCACAACUGGUAGAAGUUUAGAUUGGUGCAAAGCACCUGACAAAGGACUACCUUCUCCGGAUGUAGUUAUAUUCCUCAAUGUUUCCAAUGAAACUCAGUGUUCACGUAGCAAUUGGGGAGAUGAGCGGUAUGAAAAUAAUGAAAUUCAGUCACGCGUUGCUUCCAACUAUAGGAAAAUAAUGGAUCAAACAUGGUAUAUAAUUAAUGCGGAUGACGACAAAUCAAAGAUACAUUCUCAAAUAUUACAGAAAAUAUUAGAUGUUAUAGAUCAAGUUAAAGAUUUACCUGUUGGCAAAUUAUACGAAUCUAUAGGAUCUGAGAAUUGAUAUUAAUAACUUGAAUAUAGUUACGAAUGUAACAUAAAUUGUAUCAAUGUGCCUCUCAAGCAUAAUAACUAGAUACAAAAUAUGCUUGUUCUUGUA